AUGCAAUAUUAUAUCAUAGUCAUCCCAUUUCUCGUUAGUCUAUCCGCUCUGCGUCUUCACGCGUAUUCGAGUAAGAUCUUUUCAAAAGACACAACAAUUGCACAUCCUGAAACGGGUCUUUUUCUCGACUAUGUUGGAUUGUAUACUCCAUCUGAAAAAAUCAUUCACAAUUCGGCGAUUUUUCCAAUGACCCCAUAUACAUGUCACUUUCUGCCGUCGUCAGCUGUAGAAAACCUUCCAUCCUGUAAUAUUACAGCAAAAACAAGGCGUAAAAACUUCAUUGACUCUAUCGUCAGUGUGGGUGUUGGAGCCGCCAGUCUCGCUUUGUCUGUAUUAAAUACUAUACAGAUUGGAAAUCUUCAACAACAAGUAGCACUGGUGGAAAACACCCUAUCAAAAUUCUCUCAGACUGUGAAAAUACAUGGAGCACAGUUAGCAAAACUUACUUUAAAGCACAUAGAACUUACAGAGCAGCUUGAAAUAACACAGGACGCUAUUGAUGAAAUACUACCUGUCUUAGAUAAACACUCCGAAGCUAUCACUACUCUUAAAACUGGUAUUGAACAUAUACAAUUCCAGCUUCGACACUCCUUCCUUUAUUUGGCAAUAACUCAAAUCUGUAAUAACGAACUUACCCUAGAUUUUCUAUCGCCAGAAGACAUACGCAAAGUGGUAUAUAACGUUAUUAAACUAGGAAACCUAACAUUUAAUUCUUACCCCGGAUCACUUCCAGUUGUUCAAAUCAUUACUAAACUUCUCGUUCGCCAGCAGAUAGACUUCAUUUCCAAGUCACAAUAUAUAACCAAUGACCCAGAUGAAAUCGGUCGUCUUGUCAUUACUAGUUUUUUUGCCGUUCCACGACAAGAACAAAUACCCUUCUACGUCUACAAGUUAUUGACGAUUCCCUUCUUUCAUGAAAAUGAAACAAUCGAACUCGCUCAAAUUCCUCGAUACUGGGCAAUUAAUUCAAUAAAUAAUACCACUAUGGAAUGGUAUCAUCCUCAAGAAUUCGGAUGCGAUCUUCGACUGAUGACAUCAUGCCGUGAUACUCCACCUAUUCGUACAAUCUCAAAUGACACUUGCCUCAAUCAAAUCAUAGAAAGGCUUCCGCUCUCCAGAUGUCAAACAGCACCGAUACCUGCUGCCAAAUAUUUCGUUCGACAGUUAAGAGAUAACUUUUGGGUUACUUCGUCAUCUGAAUCACUUCAUUGUGUGAAAAUUCCAAGUAGUGAAUAUCUCAGUACCAUGCAACAAACCUGGAAUAUGAAUGAAGAAAUAAUACUUCCAUCUUUUUCUCUUGUAAAUGUAACUGAAGGUCACACAGUCGCAUGUCCUGGCUUCACUUUAGUAGGUCGUCCUAUAAGUUCAAAUACGUCUUCACUCAUUAUAUUGCAUAGCAAUGACGUGCUUACUAAAAAUAUAUCUGUAAUGAAUGUUCAUCAGUAUAUUACCAAAAAUAUGACAUGGUUAAAAAAGAAGAUGUCCGAACAAGAAAAGCACAGUUUGAUGGACUUCACGCGUCAAACAAAUGCUAUCUCGUCGUAUCUAACCCCUUUUUCUACUUAUAUGCAAUCUUUCGGUAUGUUAACUUUCAGCUGGUUCCUUUUUGGACUGUCUGCUGCUUUAAUAUACUAUAUUUGUCGACGCAAACGAAAAACCUGCCAAGGAAAUCUUUGA